AUGGAUCAGAAAAAAUUAUGUCCCCAAAGUUGGCCUGAAUGUCUGGCACCCUUAACAUUGCUUAUUUCUUAUGUCACAGACAAUGGAACACAAACAGGUAAUAUUGUAUGUGAUUAUGAGACGGAAAUUAAUAGCCGGGUUAAUGUUCUGCAAAAGCAAAUGCUUAAAUAUAAUAAAGAAACCUUUGGCCGUUUUAUGCAAAAUCUGACUAGAGAACAUGAGGAACGAAUUAAGGCAAAUAAUCAACUGCGCUAUGAAAUUAAUAAAAUGAAGACACAGGUGCAGGGGCCUAUCAAUCUCUGCCCCGGAUAUGAUAUGAAACAUGUUUUUAACAGUUGUCCUCAAACUGAUAACUAUUGGUAUGAAAAAGUGGUCGAAAUAGAAAAACAAUAUGAUUAUUUAUCUAUUAUUAGACCUCAUGAACCUCCCCAGCAAUGGGCUGAAAGAGUUACUUAA